AUUCCCUUUCUCUCUCUAGACUCUUUCUUCCUCAUUGUAUCUACACUCUCUUUCUCUCUAUUCUUUCUGGUUUAUUAUAUACACAUAGGCUCUCUAGGUUUCUUCAUAUGUAUCUGCUUUUUUCUCAGCACAAGUGAAAGCGAAAGCUAUGUCGAUUGCGUUUGAGAGGAACAGUACACCUGAUCAUCAGAUCGAACAGCCAGGAUUUGUGCACGGAAUGACUUUUGUUCCGAUCUAUAACUCGCCGGAUCUAGGCGUCGGGGAACGUAUGGUUCAGGCGAAGCAGGAAGAUGAGGAUGAUCGGACUUCUUCUUCGUCUUCUUCUUCUAUUGGUAGGAAUAGUGAUGACUCACCGCCGGCGGGAGGGUCUUCAUCGGAUGGAGGCCGUGGGGAUGGUGAUGGAGAGGAGGUUCAGAGUCCGUUUAAACCUGGUGCUUUUGAUAAUUUGGAGUCUUUGGAGGAGGUUUUGCCGAUUAAGAGGGGCAUUUCAAGUUUCUAUGCUGGUAAAUCGAAAUCUUAUACUAGUCUAGCAGAUGCAGUAUCAUGUUCCUCGCUUAAAGAUAUGGUCAAGCCGGAGAAUGCAUACACUAGAAAACGCAAGAACCUGCUUGCUCAUAGCAAUUUCUUUGACAAGAAUCGUAAUCACUUCCCAAGAAAUAAUAGCGGUGGGUUAUACAAGAGACCAAUAAACUCUAGAAGCUCAUUAGCUCUUGGUGCAAUUUCCAGCUGCUCUGAGAGCAAUAAUAGUUCGGAGUCCUUGAACUCAAAUGCAUCGUCACCUCGUUGCUCUCUUCCCCCUCUGCCUCCACAGUCAAGAAGAUAUAGCAUUGAGCCCUCAUCAUCACCUCCUGAACAGAAGCUUAGUCCAUGGAGGUCUUUCUCCUUAUCAGAUCUGCAAGGGGCUGCUGCUGGAACUCCCAGCCUAAUGGGCAUAAAGGAAUAGAAAAGAUAUGUUGACGAUUACGUAAUUUUGUGUCGCCCUAUGAACCUAACUUCAGAUAGGUUUCAAUGGAGGUUGGCUUAUUUUAGAAGUUACAGGGUUCAGUUUCUCGCCCCGCCUCUGUAUUUAUCCCCCAUGGUCUUUGGCAUCUGUAGAAUGUAAUUGCUUCUGCUUACUUCUUAACCUUCGGGUUUCCUCUGUAUAUUUCAAUUGUGGUGUAUGCCUAAUUUAGAGAUUUUAUUUCAGUUUUUGUUUUAUCCUUAUAAUUAUAUAUGUACUUAUUAUGUUUUAGGUGUAUUCCUCAAUUUACACUUAUAACUUUUUGUGAUGUGCAUUUGUAUUAUGAUGAGACCCA